AUGAGCCGGGCAACUGUUGAAUGCCUCCGAGUGAACGGAGUAUUGGUCCUCCCCAGCAUCCAGCUGCAGAGUGCUCUUCUCCAAACGUUCGUCGAGAGUGUGUUGCCAUCGAUGCCAAUUAUCGAGUGGCAGCAAUUCCUUACAAUUAUUCGCGACGGACAUGGUGCUCAUGGGUCUGUAAGCUUGCUUCUAUAUCUGGCUGUGAUGUUUUCUGCCACCACUUUCGUGGAGCUGGAACACCUCCUCAAAGCUGGGUAUUCUAGCAGGAAGGAGGCUCAUGAGGCUUUCUUCCAAAGGACCAAGCUUUUGUAUAAAGCCAACUAUGAGUCAGAUCCUCUGACCAUCGUCCAGUCGUUGCUUCUGAUGACCUACAGAUUGGAUACAGCUGAUGGACAAGACAGUCGCCACUGGAUCAAAGGUGCAAUCACUGUCGCUCGAUCUAUCGGCCUCUUCCAAGAGGCUUCAAUGAUUAUGAACUUUCCCUACAGUCCCAAGCUGUGGAGACGGAUCGCAUGGGCAUGUUAUAUGACGGACUGUGUGAUUGCAUUGAGACUGAGAUGUCGAGCUGCCAUCGAGCGGGCUGAAUUUUUCCAUACGCUUCUAACAGAAGAGGACUUUGAGCUCUACAGCCUCCCCAUGGAAAACCAAAUUCUGCCUCCUGAGUGCUCUUUGGUUAGGAAUGUCAAAGCCCAGAAGGAUCUGGCCAGUGUUUGCAUUUCUACAGCAAAACUUUGCACAUGCAUCAGCAAUGUCUUGGAUCUCCAAGGCAAACAAAACAACCACACUGCCCUCUCACCCAACUCUCCCUCCGCAAGUCCCAGUGACGACUAUACCGGCCGAAUUUGCUCUUCAGAAAUGGAGCUAGCAGAUUGGGCAAACACUCUACCACCACCCUGUCAGGCCUGUCCUGUCGAGCCACACAGCAUUGACGAAGAACCCACUGUCAUCCUCCAACGUAACAUCCUCCACAUGAUCUUCUACACCACCGUCGCCGUCUUCCAUCAAUCCCAACCUUUCCCCUCAUCAAAAUCCUGCGUUCAACUUGCCGCAAAUCAAAUUUCUCGAAUUACCUCCGAGCUUUAUCAACGAAAUUUGCAACACCGAUUACCCGUCGUUGGGAUUACAGCUAUCCUAGUCGCCUUGAUUAUUCACGUUUCUGAAAUGAAAACGUCCCGCUCAGAUGAGCGGAACGAAGCUAUACAAAAUUUCCAGCUAUGCCUCGACGUUAUGAGCAGUCUUCGGGAGUUGUAUUGGGAGGCCAACACUGCUACUGCGUGGGCAUUAAAUGUUAUUCAAAAAGUCGCGUUCAACUCGGGUUCUGGAUAUGACUGUCGAUUCAGGGAAAGGUCUUCUUCAAGUGACAGCAGUUUGACGGAGUCAUUUGGUACGGCCGUGCCGCUUAUGAGCAUAUCGUCAACGGAAUCAUAG